AUGGCGUCUGGUCGACGACGCGGCUUGCCGAGCGGUUCCUCCGAGAAUCCGGAACAGCAGCAGCAACAGCAGCAACAGCACUCAGCUUCGGCCGCGGGCGCCACCGGUGGUGCCGUUUGUGGAUAUCUGGAAGCAGGCAGUAAACCAAGCCGAAAUAAACCACCUGAUACAAAACUCCGACAACAAAAGCUACCUGCAUGGCAGCCCAUUCUGACGGCAGCAACUGUUAUUCCAACGGUUUUUGGAGUUGGCAUUGUUUUUCUACCAAUCGGAAUUGCUUUAUAUCUAGCCACUGAAGGAGGCCAGCCCUACUUCAUACUUUUUUCAUUUUAUAAUAUGAGAUAUUGGAGUGAGAAUUCCCGGAGAAUUGAAGAGUCGAAAGUGCUUGCCGUUGAAUCAGUGACGGAGUAUACCUCAUGCACAGCUCCAUCGAGGGGACCCUGUAAAUUGAUAAUCCAACUUGACACUGAUUAUAAGGGUGAUGUUUACUUCUAUUAUGGACUGGAUAAUUACUAUCAAAAUCAUCGUCGUUAUAUGAAAAGCCGGAGUGACAGUCAACUUCUGGGCGAUGUGAUGAACGUUGGUGAUUGUGAGCCGUUCGCACGACUGAACACAUCUUCUGGACAAAAAGUCAUUGCGCCCUGCGGUGCAGUUGCCAAUUCUAUGUUUAACGGUCGGUACAUUCUUUUGUUCUAG